GCUCCGGAAGUGAGGUUUGCUAGUCGCGACGGUAACCAAGGGAACCAGUAAACAGGGAGGGCGGCAGAGCUGUCGGUGUCGCCGCUGGCGGGAAAGAGAUACGGUUUACACUAAGGACAUGGUGACUGACUUUGAUGAGAAGCAUGAUGAAUAUUUAAUAUUACUUCAACAAAGAAAUCGGAUAUUGAGACGUUUGAGAAGAAAGGAUCCCAUGCAAAUCAAACUAGAGCAUUUAGAACAAGGAUUUUCUCUGUAUCUAAAUGGAGCUAAUUCAGAGUCAAGAAACUAUCGCAGAAAACCCAGUUUUCAAGAAUUCUUUAGAUGUGGGUCGCAGACUGCAAGGAUAAAUGAUUCUAGUACAGCGGCCCAAGUAAAAGAAAUUGAACUGCAAGGACGCAGCACGCAGACUGCACCAAGCAAAAUCCAGCGUAAAGGGUGGUGUCAGAAACCUGUGCAGAUUAAAACAGAAAGUGGCUCUAGACUCUGCAUUUCUCCCCCUCCGGAGUACUCUGAUGAUUUUGAACCUUAUGAAAGCUUGAAUAUGGAGACAAACGACUAUCAUAUUAAUUGCUCCCAGAAUCUCAAGUCUCCCAAAAGUCCUGUCAGUGACUUUAAAUUCACCACCCAGAACCCAGAACUGCAAGUACACGGCGAUGUGGAAAAGGAAAGAAUAUUUUUAAGUAUUGAUGAUGUAAAGGAAUUGAGAAGAAGUUUGGAACUCAGUGUAAGUCAGAAAAGGAUGGAGGAGGACUGUUCUAGUGAUGACUAUGACUCUGUUGAAGAGGAUGUGCUUUUGGAGCACUCUCAGGUGGAAGAGACAGUUGCAAGUUUUGGAAGCCUCCAGUUGCCCAGCAGUGAGUCGUUACUGAAGGAUGUUCCAAAGUAUCGGGAGGCUGGAAGAGGCUGUGACCUUGAUGCUGGUGCUCUUGUGCUGGAAUUUAAGCAGAAUCUGACAAAUGUGAAACAGGAACGAAUUCUGUCUGCAAAGAGGAAGGAUGCUGCUGAAACCUACAUUCCAAUCAGACCUAUGAAGGUCAGAAGUAAAAUGGCUCGGCCACUUUCUGCUGGACCCCCGCACAAGGAGGGACUUGAAAGAACCUGUUCUAGACCAUUAAGUCGGCCAGAAAAGCCACUGUCAGCAACUCGAAGGAAUGUUUGUGAGAAGAAGGAUUCUGAGCAAUCUGCUUCUGCUGUCAUUAAAGCUAUGCAAGCUGAAAAUGAGAUCUUGCAAAGAGAGAUGCUUUGCAGAAGGCUGGAGACUUCUGUCUGCCAUCAAAUGCUGCCUUCUGUUUCAACUUCAUCUGUUUCUGCAACAACCGAGCCUUCAGAAAAACAACAGGAAACAACUGUAGUGUCAGAAGCUAUUGAAAAAAUUGGCCAUUUGGGAAGCAGGCAACAGAAGAAACUUUUGAAACUCCUGCAGGAAAUUGAGAGCUGUUCUACCUGCCACAGUCACAAAGUCCUACCUGCUGAGGAACUGGAGCCAGAUUCUGUGGAUCAGCUGCAAACAAAGGCAGAAAUACAGGAUGCCAUUUAUGUGACUAUGGAAAUCCUCUCCAAUUGGGGGAAUGCAGUCAAUGUGGGCUUGACGGAAGUGGAAUUCUUUGAUUUACAUGCUGUCAAGAUGUUUGUGUCUCCUCAUGAUGUGAAUAUCCGAAAUGCUGACUCGCCAGGGGAUCUCUCUUGCCUGGUCAAUGGAACCCUGAAUAGCACCAAGGAGCGUUUCCUGUGGAUGUGUCCUUUUCGUGCGCCAGUUCAGCUUUACUUUGUUAUCCGCAAUCCCAGUCGGUCACGUGACUUUGGUAUAUCUAAGAUCAAGAUUUGGAAUUACAACACGACCACUCUUAGUGACCUUGACGUGUGUGCAAAGAAUGUGAAACUAUAUAUUGAUGAGAACCUUGUAUUUGAUGAUCAAUUAGAAAAAGGCUGUGGAGAUCUAACCACUGAUUUCAGCACUACAAUUGACCUUAAAGACAAUAGACAAGAGAUUGCUGCACAUUCUGUACAAGGAAAUAAAAAAUCAAAUGGAGCUAAUAGCACAGGCAAUAAGGAGGACCUGUUUUUAAAAUACCCACAGCCAGACAGGGCUUCAUUACACUGGAAAUAUUCCUUAGAAGAAAAUCUCCCUGAGGAAAUGAUGAAUUCCAUCAACUUUAGGAAAGAGAAAUUGACUAAAUUAGAAGAAGAUCUGAAGGUGUUAUCAGCUCCUAUGUCUGCGAAGGCUCUCAAGAAUGAUAGGUCAGAAUCAGCAGUUAUGGAAUACGUUCAGUCUGAUGACGAGCUUACUAUGAGUGAGCAAAUGGAAAAACUAACUGGAAGAAAAUUAUCUGAAUCUUCAGGUGUAACUCCAUCUUGGUUACAGUCCUCUUCCCGAGUGACAGAGAAGUGCCAUAAACAGAAACCCUCCUGGCUGGAUACAGAGCACCCUUUAGAUGUGAGAAUUCAAGAGCAGUCUGAUGGCACCAUGAGGGGCUGUCCAGGACUUAUUGAUGAGACUAUCAAAUGUCACGGAAGUGAACUGAGGAGGUCCAACAGUAGGAAUGUAAAUGGAGAUGAGAAGACACAAAUAGUAACCAGUAAAGGCUGUUCUAUUGACUUGGACAUUUUAGACCAGCUUCCAAACAAAUAUUGCUGCACCCCUGAAUGUCCUGCUAGUGGGAGGAGAAGCAGCAGAAGUGUAAGAAAGGAGGUUUUAUGUACAAGUCAUGGAGAUGAAGGUCUGACACACACAGAUGAAGUCCUUUGUGUCAAUGACCUAAAAAACUUCAGGGCUGGGUGGCAUAGUGAACAAGAACACACUCUGCAGGAGUCAUGGAACUCCCUUCUAAAGUUCAAUUAUUCUCACCGUGGGCGAAUCUCCAACAUGGAUUUUCAAGGGGAUAUCUUUGAUGAGUUUCUCCAUCAGCAGAAAAUCAGCCGCCAUGGAGAACAUCAGCUUGUGAGGAAAGAAGGAAUACAAGUGCUACCGAAAAGACAAGAAGAAAAUUACAUGGAGACAGAUGAUGGAAAUGAUUUUAAAAUCCCUGUUUUGCCAUAUGGACAGCACUUAAUAAUAGACAUUAAAUCCACAUGGGGAGACAGACACUAUGUUGGUCUUAAUGGAAUUGAAAUUUUUAGUUCCAAAGGAGAGCCUGUUCAGAUUUCAAAGAUAAAAGCUGAGCCACCUGAUAUAAAUAUUUUACCAGCCUAUGGCAAAGAUCCAAGAGUAAUAACCAAUCUAACUGAUGGGGUAAAUCGGACACAGGAUGACAUGCACCUUUGGCUAGCACCCUUUACUCCUGGGAAGCCUCACCAUAUCUAUAUUGACUUUGUGAAUCCCUGUCAAGUAGCUAUGAUUAGGAUUUGGAAUUAUAAUAAAUCCCGAAUACACUCCUUCCGAGGUGUGAAGGAUAUUACAAUGCUAUUAGAUGAGCAAUGCAUCUUUAAAGGAGAAAUUGCAAAGGCUUCAGGAACAUUGUCUGGAGCUCCAGAGCACUUUGGGGAUACUAUAUUGUUCACGACUGAUGAUGAUAUUCUAGAGGCCAUAUUCUGCUAUGAUGAGACUUAUGAUGGAGAAAUUGAAAAUGUGUGCUCACUGAGAUAUGAGGAAGAGCUAAAGAGACCAAGAACUGCUGAUGGGGAGGGAGAUGAGAGACCUUUUACACAAGCAGGCUUAAGAACAGAUGAUAAGCAGGUUCAGGAGCAAGUGAUGGUGUCAGACCAUCUUUCUGAGCUUACACCCAAGGUACCCGGGGUAUACACUGGACAAUGUCUGCAGCUAAAUUUCACCUUAUCCUGGGGAGACACACAUUAUCUUGGACUGACCGGAUUUGAAAUAGUAGGAAAGGAUGGUCAAGCUUUGCCAAUUACUAUAGAUCAGAUUUCUGCUUCACCACAAGAUUUAAAUGACCUUGCAGAGUACAUGGAAGAUUCCAGAACAUUAGACAAGUUAAUAGAUGGGACUAACAUCACUGUUGAAGAUAAUCAUAUGUGGCUUAUUCCUUUCACUUAUGGGGAAGAUCACAUUAUCACAAUCUAUUUUGAUAAAGCUGAAAAUAUUGCAGGGCUUCGCUUUUGGAACUAUAAUAAAUCUCCAGAGGAUACCUAUAGAGGGGCUAAGGUUGUCCAUGUCUUGCUGGAUGGACAUUGUAUCUCUCCACCAGAGGGCUUUCUUAUCCGAAAGGGACCAGGCAACUGUCACUUUGACUUUGCUCAAGAAAUUCUCUUUGUUGACUACUUGAAGCCCCAACAGAUUAUCAGACCAUAUGGGAGAACUGAUUCAAGUGGGAUGGAACAAGCUAGUAUGGACUAUGAAGCACCAUUGAUGCCAUGUGGUUUUAUUUUCCAGUUUCAGCUUCUAACGAGCUGGGGUGAUCCAUACUAUAUUGGUUUGAACGGACUAGAGUUGUAUAAUGAACAUGGAGACAAAAUCUUACUCACUGAAAACAACAUUGCUGCUUUUCCAGACAGUGUCAACAUUUUAGAGGGUGUGUGUGGAGAUAUCCGAACUCCAGAUAAACUCAUUGACAGAGUUAAUGACAGUGGUGAUGGCAGACACAUGUGGCUUGCACCAAUUCUUCCUGGUUUGGUGAAUAGGGUUUAUGUUAUUUUUGACCUGCCCACUACCGUGUCAAUGAUCAAACUGUGGAAUUAUGCGAAAACUCCCCAAAGGGGAGUGAGAGAAUUUGGUCUUCUUGUAGAUGACUUGCUUGUGUACAAUGGAAUUCUGGACAUGGUGACUCACAUAGUGCAUGGCAUCCUGCCCACCUGUGACCCUGUGGUCCCGUAUCAUACCAUUCUCUUUACAGAUGAUGAGAGGAUUUAUCAGCGAGAGAAGAAUACAGUGAUUAGCAAUCGUGUAGAGGAUCAGGAUGUACGAAUGAUGAACGAAAAUCAAAUUGUUACAAACUCCAAAAAGAAGCAGAUUGCUGCUGACCCAGUUUUACGUCCAAAAACCUGCAUACGUGAUAAAGGAAUGCUGAGGAGGAAAAGACACUGAGAGGUUAUGAAGUGGAUAUCCUGAGGGCACCAGCUGAGAUGCCUACCAUCUGGCACUUCUGAAUGCAAAUCAACCAUGUGGCAGAUGUUUGCCACUUGACACUCCUGAACCACCACCGAAAGGCCUGAAAUCUUUACUGUCUAAUGAUGGGAAGUUUCGUUUGAUGGGGGAAGCUCUUUAGAAAUGAAAUUUUAAGUAUACACUGAUAGUGUUUUUUAUUAUGUCAGCACCUAUACUAUCCACAUUUUCAUUCUCUGUUAACUGGCAAACCAGUAAACAAUGUAAGUAAAGUCACUGUUAACUUCUACCUAUCUCUACCUAAGUGGACCUGCUUUUGAGUAAGAACCUUAAUGCUAACUGAAGUCCAUUCUCAAUGUGUACACAUAGCUUUGGGGAAGCAGUAUUGUAGAACUGAGAAAAGACCUUCAGAGUUGUAGUUCAGUCCUAAACUCUCAAGUUUUAAACUGCUGGUCAGCCACAAAGCCUUUGAGCCCCUAAAUUAUUUCUAUUCCGGUUCAAGCAAUUUGUAUAUAGUCCACUGGAAAAUGUACAUAUUAAGAAAAACUGUACUUCAGGAGAAAAGCCCCUCCACCAGCUCACUAUGGAGUAGUGCUGUUAGAGGCAGGAAGUAACAUUGACAGAGGUAUCAAUGGUAGCAUGGGAAUUACCUUUUAAAAAUUCAGGUCAGGAAGUAGGGUUUCCAUGAGUUCAUGAUCAGUAAAGUUUUAGCAAAUUGCUCAAUUCUCAUUUUUGCAAUGAAAGGAUUUGAAAUAAUGAUAAAUUUGCAUCAAUUUCACUAUUGUGAAAAUAGCAAAAAAAUGUGUAGCUGGACCUUUACCUCCUUAUACAUACUUCAUAACCCUGCAGCCAGAACACUCCUCUCCUCUUCUCUUUUACAAACACAUGGUUACAUACUGGAUUGUGUACAAAGACACUGUAGCAAUGCAUGCCGUAUAGUGCACAAAACAGAUCUAUUGUCAUCAACAUACCACACCUAUCCUGGCAAACUAAGUGCUUUGUAACUUGUGUUCCAUAUAUAAAUGGAUUAUAUUUCUGGAUCUAAACCUGAAGAGUCCAGAUAUAUUAUACUACAAGUGUGGUGUUAUACAACUAAAAAUGUGACGAAAAAAAUGACUGUGUUUCAGGAUGCAGUUAUGUAAGUGUCAUUUUCACUUAAAACUUGUAGCUGAUUAUAACCUAUAAAUCUCUUUUCCAUAAAAAAGAUUCUUCCUUUUCCCAGAUAGAGAGUUCCCAGUGUUCAUCGUAGAGGUGAGACACUGAAAUACCAUAAGACACAUUUCUUUUAGCCAGAUGCUAUUUUAAACAUAAAGCAGAGACUUACCACUGCAAUUCCUGAUACAGCAACCAAAUUCAUUGCUGCCAAUUCCAGGCUACAUCAGGAUUAUCUGAGAACCUGAUAGCUUGUAUAUUUGCUUAUGAAAAUAUAUUUUAUUCUUUCUCCUGGUCAAUGUUGUUUGCUGAGUUGUAAAGCACAAAUGAACUGUGCUCCCCCCAAUUUCUGUGUAUUGAUAUUGCAGCUAUAUGUAACAUUUUGUAUUUUAGACAAAAAUAACUUUUUACUUCCUCUAAAUAUAAAAUAGAUUUAUAUCUCUAUUUCAAUAUCAUUAAAAUGCUAUUAUAUGGAAAUAUUAAUGUGCUACCUAUUACCAUGAAAAAGUCUUAUUCCAACAGCCAGGAGAUAAAUGGUAAAGUCACUUCAACAGAGCAGGGUUAAGAUCCUGAUUAGGAAUACUGUAAAUGGAAGUCUCCUCUUAGUUCCUAGAAGGCAUUUGUCCACAUCAUAAAGCAGCUGUAAAAUUUUCGUUUCUUGGCCCUUUCUGCUCAAGGGAGUGCUGGCAGUCAGGACUGGAUUAGAUUUGGGAUAUUGUGGGUCCAGGUGAGGACUGUUACAGUAGUGAAGGGCUAAUGUUUUGGGUUCCAGGUCUGCACCAUUGUCAGUAAAGCCUAGUCUACACUACAAAAAAUUAGUAGCCACAAUUCAUGACUAUAACAGCUCACUAUGGUAGCAGUGGUGGAAGCUGUAGUGUAGAUGGGACUUAGACAUGGUUGUACAAAUGCCUGAGUCCUAAGCACAGUUGAGAUUCUGCCUUAGCUACCCAGUAGAGCUGCACCGAUUGUGAAUUAUGAUGACAAAGUUUGCUAGUAUAGAUGCAACCCAAAAGAAACCAUAUAGAAUAAUGUUAGGAAAGUGAGUAAUCCAAGAACUGUUGGACUGUGCACUGGUUCAGCUCUACUGGUGGUAAAAAUGGUGAGAAUGAGUGUGUACAGUGCAGCCACUGGCAUUUUGAGCACUGUUGUCUUCAUAGGCUCAAAGCAUGUCUCUGUGGCCAGUGGCCACAUCUUGUCUACACUAUGGCUUCCACUGCUGCUAUCGUCAGUGGAGCUGAAAUUUUAGCAAAAUGUGAUAGCUUGUAUCCAUGGUGAUUUAGUGUGUGACAAACUAGGGAAUGAAUCUACAGUCCACUAGCAUGCUGCAGGCUAACUGGUCAUGUGAACCUUGCCACUUCACACUAAACAUUCUGUCUUUUAGUGUGCAAUGGCAGAGACCACAUGAGCAGUGAGUGCAUAGCAUGCUAGUGCACUGUAGAGUCACUUGCUGGCUUGUCGUGCAUUAAAUCACCGUGCAGACAAGCCCUCUGAAGGUCUUGGAGAACUGGAGUUUAAAGAAUGACAAUUAUUGGUAAGGCUCUUGUUAAAAAGCUUCCCAAACUUAUACCACUUAUUUAUGUCAAGUCGCACUACGCCUUCAUUGGUGAACUGAAGAUAAUAUUUCCCUCCUCACAGGGGUGUUGAAGAUAUUGUCAUUAAUGUUUGUGAGGUGCUCAGAUACUACAGACAUAGGUAGAUAGAGUUGAAUGUUGUAUUUUGCAAGACUAGGUAACUGGAGUGUAGCUGUUGAGUAACAUGACAGUGAACAGUACUGAGAUACGUCUGUUAAAACUGCUUUCAAAAUAGGCCUGGAGUAAUGGAUACUAGCAUCCAAAUAAGCUCCUCAUUUCUGAAUGAUCAGCCAUAGAAAUGCUGCCCAUUCUCCUCUGAGCCAGCCGGGCACCAUUAAAAAUGAUACAUUAAUUUCUUAUUAACAGUCUAAGUUGCAAAAUGUCCCAAUGUCAGGCAAGAAAAGGUAUUAAACUCUUGAAGCUGGGCCCUCCUGGAGUUUGCGGUGGAUCCACUGUGUGCUUCACAGUGGGGGAAGCAAGUUUCCACAUUCCCUCCCCAAGGCCACGUGAUUUUGGAAAACAUUGCCAAGGAAACCUCCCAGAACCCUUCUCAGAACCUUCACCCAUGGGCGUUUCCACAGUAAUGAGUGACUGGGCCCUCUGCAAGAUAUGUGUUCCCCUUCUGCACAGGGAGCCAACAAAAUAAAGGUUUUAAAAUAGACGGGGUACAACCAUCACUAUGUUAUACCUGGUGCAAAGUUCCUCAGCUCCUCUGGCCACUGUCAUAACCUUGGAUUGUCUCCACCAUAGCCACAGCCAGAGGGAACUUUUGGGAGCCUAAGCACCAGCAUGUCUUUACAGAGGGGGCUCCAUGGGAGGGACUGGAGCAGGGGUCUGGCUGCGCUCCAUGACACCACACACUGCUCAGGCAGGAAUUAUGCCAGCAGCAUUAACUGCAGCAUUCCCUCCACAGCUGCAACCGAGCAAGUGCCUGGGGCCUUAGCCAACACAGGAGUUGGGGAGGCCUCACUAGAGCUGCUUCUAAACAUUUUUUUGAUGAACAGUGCUGGUUUUCGUCUAAGUUAAAAGAGUUUGAAAAAGUCUCUAUUGCAACAAAAAAUUCCCAGGAAAAUCAUUAUUUUGAAACAACCAUUUUAAACAGUAUCAGAGGAAUAGCCAUGUUAGUCUGGAUCUGCAAAAGCAGCAAAGAGUCCUGUGGCACCUUAUAGACUAACAGACAUUUUGG